GAAUCAAAGGAGACGCUCUGGGGGAUCCCCCCUGACACUGUCCCCAGGGCAGCGCAUCCCCCCAGCAGCGCGGGGACUAGGCAGAGGCAGGAACUGGCUUUUCCUCUCCCUGCUCCUCCCCUUCUCCCCAGGAAAGUCAAUCGGCCCCGUGGUGCUGCAGGGAAUGGGGCUGGGCAGGGCUGGGAGCCGGGACCUCCCUCCCCACUGAUUGCUCAUACUGCCCCUGCCAGUCUCUGCCCCGUCUCCCUCCUGCCCCCUCUCUCCUCCCCUCGGGCUGGGAGACUCGGUGCCUGGCCGUUGGUGCAGAGUCACUUUCCUGCCCGGCUCCAGCCCUUUCCUCCGGGUCUCUCCCCUCACCUGCAGGCUCCGGCUCAGGGGCUGGUGUCGGCAGAGCCCGGGGCUGCCCCAGGGGCUGGUUCCGGCCCCCGGAGAAAGUCCCCCCGGCUGGGCGCAGAGGGGGAUCAGUGCAGGUCUCUCCCCCCACAGACCCCGCUGGGCAGCAGCCGCUGCUCAGCCCCGGCUCCCGGCUCAUACGCCAGGCAGCGGCACCGUCUGACCCGGGAGGAAGUUCAACCCCGAUAUCCUGAGCAGGGAGAGCGGGAUAGUUCAGCGAUCAGCCGCCUCCUUUCCCCGAGCCCUGCGCAGAGCCCCCUGGCGGCAGCAGCUCCGGAAAUGCAGAUACAAUGUUGACCCGGCCCCAGCUCGGGAACAGCUGCCCAGCAACGCUGCAGCCAGGGGAGCACUGCGGGUGCUGCGCCUGGUGGCGAGGGCGCUGCUCUCUGUGCUCAGCACAGCCGGGGAGCUGCGAUUUAUUGCUGCUGCUUCUCCUGGGAGCCGGGAGCCCAGCAGGCGGAGCCGGAGACUCCAGUAAUCAAGGCUCCUAGAAGAAGCUACUGCUGCCUCCAUUGUGAUCUGGAGACCUGGACCAAGCAACUGCUGCUCUGUAUCAGGGACAGACCAGAGAAACCAAUGGGGGACUUUCUGCAGUGGCUGGACCCAGCCCCUGGGGCAGCCCCGGGCUCUGCCAACACCAGCCCCUGAGCCGGAGUCUGCAGAUCACCUCAGCUCCCUCACAGAUUUCCACCACAACUUCAACAACCAUCACCCAUCCAUUAAACUCUCUCUGGAAUACUUCUACACUAGCAUCAACUUCCUGGACAGCAAUCAGCUGCAAUUAUGGAACCUACAGACAGCAAUAUACAAGAAACCCACAAAUCACCACACAUACCUUCACAGAUCCAAUAAUUGCCCCAAACAUAUCAAGAAAUCAGUUAUCUACAGCCAGGCACUCAGAUGCCACAGAUUAUGCUCUGAGGAAAAAGUCCAGAUACAUACCUUAACACGCUUAAAACCACCUUUACCAAACAAGGACACUCCACCAAAGAAGAUGGCUCCAUCAAUGACUAUUAGUCUGGAUGGGCAGACCAGAACACACCAACUCAAAGCAGCACCAGACCCUGCCAGAACAACAGAUGGAAAACCUGCAGACAUAUCUCCACUGCUACAAUGAUCAACACCCCCCAGAACACACCUUUCAAGAUCCAUGGAUCCUACAUAUGCCCAUCAUGACAUGGGGUGUACCUCACCCAGUGCACUAAAUGCCCCAGUAACCACUAUGUGGUUGAAACCAGACAAUCUCUACGCUCUCGAAUGAACUGACACAUAAAAAUGGGAAAAAGACAAAAACGCUCUAUCACCUGCGGGUGAGCACUUUUCACAAAAUGAUCACUCUGUAUGUGAACUCUCAGUCCUCAUCCUCAAAAGAAACCUGCUCCAUACCUUCAAAAGACGAACCUGGAGGCUUAAAUUCAUAACUUUGCUAGACUCUAAAAAUCAUGGACUGAAUAGAGACACUGAUUUUAUGGCUUAUGGUUUUAUUACAACAAUCUGUAACUCUCUAACCCCCUUUUUGUUCUAUGACUACUACAGUGGUGUUAACAGGCUACUUCACCUUGAAUGGGGCUUUGUAAGCAAUCUGUUCCACUUUGCAUUUAGCUGUGACACCCUGAUUUUAGUACUUUUUCCCAGACCUGGAGAAGAGCUCUGUGUAAGCUCGAAAGCUUGUCUCUCUCCCCAACAGAAGUUGAACCGAUAAAAGAUAUCACCCUUGUCUCUCUUGAAUAAGGAUGGCUUGACUACAGCAUUUCUGAAGGGGCCAGUGACCUUCAAGAAGGAGACUCAUCGUGCAGGAGAAUUGUGAGAAUGUGACCUCACUGGCAGGUGAUGUGAUGGUGAGUGAGAACGAGGAAGAGAGUCCUCAGCAGAAAAGUCUUGAGCAAGUGGAACCGCGUGGGAUAUUGCUGGGAAGACCCGAAGAGGGUAUUUUCCAAAGUUCUGAGCUGGGAGAAUCCUGUGAGACUCAAUACAGGCCAGAGGGGCAGCUGGGAAACCCCCCAGGAGAUGGACAGGGAAAAUCCAGUCACCAUGGGGGAGAUUUGGAGGACCACAAUGGGACCACAAUGCAGCUGAGAAUCAGCACUAAAGAGAAACGGCAUGAAUGUGCUGAGUGCGGGAAAAGCUUCAACCAGAGAUCAAACCUGAUUGUACAUCAGAGAGUUCACACAGGAGAGAGACCUUAUAGCUGCCCUGACUGCAGGAAAAGCUUUAAGCAGAGUUCAGACCUUCUUCGACAUCAAAGAAUUCACACAGGAGAGAGGCCCUACCGAUGUCCCAUCUGUGGGAAAAGCUUCAAUCAGAGCUCAGAACUUAGUAAACAUCAGAGAACCCACACGGGAGAGAAACCCUAUAAGUGCCCUGAGUGCGGGAAAAACUUCAAUCAGAGCUCAGAACUUGUUAAACAUCAGAGAAUUCACACAGGAGAGAGACCCUAUAGGUGCUUGGACUGUGGAGAAACCUUUAGCCAGAGCUCACACCUUAUUGUGCAUCAGAGAAUCCACACGGGAGAGAGACCCUAUAAGUGCCCCAAGUGUGGAGAAAGUUUCAGUGUGAGAUCAGUCCUUACUACACAUCAAAGGAUCCAUACAGGAGAGAAACCCUAUAAAUGCCCCGUCUGUGAAGAAAGAUUCAGUCAGGUCUCAGCCCUUAUUACACAUGAGAGAAUCCACUCCGGAGAGAGACCCUAUAAAUGCCCGGACUGCGGGAAAAGCUUCACGCAGAGCUCAGCCCUAAUUAGACAUCAGAGAACCCACAUGGGAGAGACACCCUAUAAAUGCCUAGACUGUGGGAAAAGCUUCAAGGCGAAGGUCUCUCUAAUGUCCCACCAGAAACUGCACACAGGAUAGAAGGUGUCGGGAGCUUUCCCUGCAGGGCAAUGGGUCUGUGCCCUCCUGAAGCAAAGCAUAAAUGUGCUUCCUUUGAGGAUGAUCUGGGUAGGGACAGCAGACGGGUGGAUGGUUGGAGUUUCUAUGGGGGGUGGUUGGCGGAGCCCGGAGGAGGAGGAAAUGCUGGGCACUGGGGAGAUGAGUCAUUUCAGGGUUCGAGGGGAGCAAGUGGUGGGAUCAAUGGGGAGAUGUUUCUGUGGGUUCCACACACACUUUCCAGUGUAGGGAAGAAGUAAAAAUGCCCCAUUAUCAUU